AUGGACUCUGUCACAAACGAGAUAGCGAGGCAAUGUCUGGAUGUGGAGGAGACUCCUACCUUGCUGGAGGAGAUACUACCGCCCAUCGACGAGGUGCUGAUGGAGGAUGAGAAAGAGCCGGAACCGGCACGGUCAGCGAUCCUACAUGGCGGACGGCUGCUCGCGACCUUUACCUUUGCGGGCUCCGGCGAGCUGCGGUAUAGCGCGGACGUAUUCUACAAGUCGCUAUCGCGGAACGGCGAUGACUAUCGCCAACUCGACAACAACAUCCUCGAUCGCCUGCGGGACGCAACCCACAAAGAGCUGGACUGCCAUGUCUGCUACAACAUGAUGCUGGAUCCGGUCACCACCUCGUGCGGGCACACCUUCUGCCGCAUAUGCCUUGCACGAGUUCUCGACCAUUCGAGCCACUGCCCGGUGUGCAGGCGCACCUUGCCCAUCCCACCCUCUCUCAACCGGCAACCCAGCAACGCGCGCCUCGUCGCUCUUCUCAACGGCCUCUGUCCGGAGCUUGUUGCCGCUCGCGCAGAAGCCGUCGCCCUGGAAGAACGCGGCACAGUCGGCGAGCUCGACUGUCCACUUUUCGUCUGCACCCUUAGCUUUCCGGCGAUGCCGACCUUCUUGCACAUCUUCGAGCCUCGCUACCGUCUCAUGAUCCGGCGCGCCCUCGAAGGCAACGGUCAAUUCGGCAUGCUGGUGUACAACCGCGCCCAGACUCCACAAGGCGACCUUGGCGUCUCGCGAUUUAUGGAGUAUGGCACAAUGCUACAGAUCCUUAACGUCCAAAUGCUGCCGGAUGGUCGGAGUCUGAUCGAGACGCGCGGCGUCAGCCGGUUCAAAGUGAAGGCCUAUGGUCAAGUGGACGGGUACACCGUCGGCCGGGUCGAGCGCGUAGAGGACAUCAGCCUAGCCGAGGAAGAGCGUAUGGAGUCUGAAGAGAUAGGCGCGUCGGAUGUUGGACCGCUGUUUGGAACGCCCCCGCCGAGUCCGCAGGCACCAGACACCCUCGAAGCGCAUAUGCUGCGUGUCGACCGUCUCUCUACGCGUCAAUUGCUGAUGAUCGGCGUGACCUUCGUCGAGAAGAUGAGAGCACAUAGUGCGCCGUGGUUGUCACGUGGCAUACUCGACGCGUUUGGCGGCCCUCCGGAUGAUCCGGCGCUCUUUCCAUACUGGUUCGCAUCGAUCCUACCUAUCGCCGAGGAAGAAAAGUACCUCCUUCUCAAAACAACGAGCGUGCGGCAGAGGUUGAAGAUCGUGGUCGGCUGGAUACGGAGGAUCGAGGGACAGCGAUGGUGGGUCUUCCCGCUCUACUUAGCCGGUACCGUGUUCAUGGCGCCGAUUUUCCUUGGCAUCCGGUUGACGGGCCUCUUCUUGGAAUACAUGCUGAUGAGUGCAUUGUGGCUAAUAGGCAUAAUGGGAGCGCGUGUAUAG